AUGGAUAAAAAAUUCCGCGUCGGCGCGCGCGCGAUCGAGCGCGCGACGCGCGCGGGGUCGAGCGCGGGUGACGGCGAUGGGAAGUCGAAGCGACGACGGGAUGAAAAUAGCGAUGGCGCGAGGCGCGGCGUCGGGGCGAUGGCGCGGGACGAGGACGUGGACGCGUACCUCUGGCUGACGCGAGCGCGGUGGACGCUGUCGGAGACGGUGGACGCGAUGACGCACGCGCAGCGAUGGGAGGACGCGCGAGCGGUGGUGGAGUGGGUGGAGGUGGAGCUGGCGAUGCGACGUGAAUCGGCUUUUUGGGCGCUUCGACAGAGCGAACGCGAUCUCGAGGACGCGCUCGUGGACGCGAAGAUGACGCCGGAUACGUUCGUUGGGUUCACGUCGCGCGGUGCGGUGGAGCGCGAGGGGGGGAAGCGACGGACGUGGGACGAGCGGGUGCGCGCGGCGGCGGCGCGCUGCGAUCGGGACGGAAAUAGCGUCGACGUCGAAUCGAUCGUGAUCGACGGACUGAUGUCGACGAACGAUGACCCGGUCGCAGAGCACGGCGGUGAACACGUUAUCAUUCCGUCGGUCGAGCGCUUUGCGCCUUCGUGCACGGACGAUGACGCUGCGCGACGCAUUCAAGCCGCGUAUCGCGGGCACGCGUCGCGGAUGAAGACCAACGCUGAAGCGCGACGAGAGCUCGAGCAUCUCCGAAUGAUACCGAGCGCGCGUUUCUCGAAUAAAAAGGCCGAAGAAAUGGCUGAGAUGAAACGUCGAGAGCAACAGCGCGAGCGAAGCGAGCGAGAACUGGCGUCGCUGCAGGAGAGCGUGCGCCGUGACUUGAUUGCAAAUCGAGGCGAGCAAAUCAGAGAGGAACUCAUAGCGUCUGUGGAGCGCGAAGCGACAGUCAUCGAGAGCGACGAGGUCCAAAACGACCGUGUGAGCACGUUCAAACACGUCGACGCGGAUGUCGAAGAAUCGGUGGAUACGAGCGUCGAUGAUGAGAACUUCAUGAUUCGAUUCACUCGAGCGUUUGAAAAGUACACGCGCCGCUGGGCAGAUGACGAGAAUGCAGAUUUAAACGCAUUCGAUGUCGAACAUGUGCGAGCGACGGUGCUGAACGACGUGUCGAACGCGAUGAGAGAAGAGAUAGAGGAGCAUCAGCGAAUUCUCGCGGCUGAGAACAAGAAAAAGUCAAAGCCAUCCACGAAGAAGAAGGCGUCGGCGGCGUCAACUUUGAAAGCCAACGACAAGCCGUCUACCAAGGCGAAGGCGAAGAAACCGAAAACGUCCAAGACGAAGACCGUGGCGAAAGAAGUAGACGCAGAGCUCAUCGACACGCUCGUCCAGCUCGGGAUGCUCGAAUCGGUUGCACUCGAUGGGAGAUUGAUGGAUUACGUCGGCACGGGUGGCGAGCGACGCGAGGGGCGAGACGAGUCAACCAUGCUGGAGAUUUUUCAGCUCCUUCACAUUCUCGCCGUCUCGGUCACCACACCGCUCGCGUCGCAGCGCGUGCACGAACACGCGCCACACAUGAAAUGCGUUCUCCUGGAGGGACCGGAUUCGAAUGGAAAGUCGUAUCUCGCUCGAUUAUGCGCCGCGGAGUCUGGGUGCGCACUUUACAAUCUCUCGGCGGACCGCUUGGCGUACGCCGAGUCGCGCGGCGCCAACGUCAAGGGUCUCAUCAAGAGCGUAUUCCAGGCUGCGAAACUGUCAUCACCGAGCGUGAUUCUCAUUCGACACGUCGACGCGUUCUUCCCCGAAAAGGGCAAAAAAGCGAAAGCAUCCGAGGCGGCCGAAACCGCGCGAAAGCUCCGCAAGGACGUCGCGAAGGAGAUCAAGGCACUGAAACCGGGCGCACGAGUCGUCGUCAUGUGUACGAGAACGCUCGUCUCAGGCGCUUCAUCGAGCGAACCUAAGGGGUUCGAUAAAUUUUUCAGCCUUCGCCUCGAGGUUCCGGCUCCCGAUUACGGCGGUCGCCGUCGAGUCUUGAGCGAGGCGCUCCGCGCGGCGUCGCUCGCGCCGAGCGAUCAUCUCCGUCGACGAACAGGCGACGACGCGUUCGCCACGCUGGUGUGUCACGCAUCGAAAGGAAUGACCACGGGCGCGCUCUACGCCCUCGCUCGAGCGGUCGCCACGCACCGAUUGUCGGCCACGGACGAUCCCUGGCGAGCGCUCCUCCGUCGAAUCGAAAGCAACUAA